AUGAGCCCCCCAGCCCCAAUUGCCAUCAUUGGAGUCGGUUGUAGGCUUCCUGGUGGAGCCAACAACUUGGACAAUCUAUGGAAACUCUUAUCAGAGAGCCGAAAUGGGCAAACAGAGAUCCCUAAGGACCGCUGGAACGCUGAUGCGUGGUUUGACGCGUACCCAGACGCAAAGCAGUCCAUGGUAACCAAGUAUGGGUAUUUCCUCCAGGAUGACAUCUCUCAAUUUGAUGCCAAAUUCUUCGGAAUUUCUAGCGCAGAGGCAAACUCGAUGGAUCCCCAGCAGCGCCUCUUUCUCAUGACAACAUAUGAGGCUCUAGAAGAUGCUGGUAUACCUGUGGAAACACUGCGUGGAUCCAACACUGGCGUGUAUGCGAGUAUAUUCGAGAGGAGUUAUGAUCGGAUGGGACAUAAGGAUCUGUCCACAAUUGGAAGGACACAUCUUAACGGAACAGGAGAGUCCACUUGUCAUUCAGCCCGACGUUCUAUGCAUAAUGACCGAAUACACGCCAUCAUUGCCAACUCAGGCAUGAACCAAGACGGUAAGACUCCAGGUCUCAAUACGCCAAGCGGAGAGGCACAGGCUGCACUCUCCCGAAGAGUAUACCAAGAGGCUGGGCUAAAUCCAGCCGAUACUUCAUUCGUUGAGGCACAUGGAACUGGAACACAAGCUGGUGACCGCGAGGAAAUAGGAUCAAUAUCCAAAGUCUUUUGCGAGGAUUCUGGCCGGACAGAUGACCUCUACAUCGGAUCAGUGAAAACGAAUAUUGGUCACCUUGAGGCUACUUCUGGCAUCGCCGGCCUGUUGAAGUCUAUACUUAUCCUGAAGCAUGGUCAAAUUCCUGCUACACUCAACUUUAUCAAACCCAAGCCAUCACUUAAGCUAUACGAGAAGAAGAUCAAGGCUCCAGAUUCACAAAGUCUCAACGGGGUUGCCAACGGGACAUCUAAUGGGCCUUUUAAUGGAACAUCCAACGGAGCAUCCAAUGGCGAUCCCAUUGAUGACUCUUCUCCAAAACUUUUUGUUCUCAGUGCAUCAACUGAAAAAGCACUGUCGUCGACUUCGGAGAACAUCAAGAAGUGGGCAAGUACUCACGAACUGGAUUCUCACACGCUAUGCAAUCUUUCUCACACACUAGGUAUCCACAAAUCUACUCUUGCAUUCCGCCGAGCUAUCGUCGCUUCGACAUUUGCGGAGCUGUUGGAAGAACUAGACCAGAAAGUCUCACCAAAGAGAGUGACUACCCAUGCUCCACUCACCUUUGUCUUUUCCGGACAGGGUGCUCAAUGGCAUGCGAUGGGUCGUGAGCUUAUUAACACGUCACAAUGCUUCCUACAGUCAAUGAUGGCGAUGGAUGAUACAAUACGAGGGCAAGGAAGCUCUUGGAGUCUCAUUGAAGAGCUGCUCAAAGAUGAGAGCGUUUCAAGGAUUUCCGAGGCCGAGAUCUCACAGCCUGCAACGACAGCUAUCCAGAUUGCGCUGGUGGAUCUACUGGAGAGUUUCUAUAUCAGGCCCAGCCGCGUUGUUGGGCACAGCUCUGCCAAGGCAGUGGCUGAGGUACCCGGUUCUAUGAUGGCAGUUGCUCUUGGAGAGCCCGAAGCGCAGCAAUACAUCAACAAGGUUACAACUGGAACUGUCAGUGUCGCUUGUGUAAACAGUCCGGCCAGCAGUACGAUCUCGGGAGACUUGACUGCUAUCGAAGAACUCAAGUCUCUACUCGACGCCGAGGGAAUCUUUGCUCGGGCACUCAAAGUUGAUACUGCAUAUCACUCUCAUCACAUGCGACGAGUCGCAGAGGAAUACCAAGAAUCCAUGCGCAAUAUCCAGUCUUCUGAUGUACGCAGCGGCGUCACAUUCUACUCAAGUGUCACUGGUACCACCAAGUCAACAGGCUUUGGUACCGAGUACUGGAUGGAAAACCUAAUCUCUCAAGUCAAGUUCAGUCAAGCAUUGGCUUUAUUGAGAGAUGAUCAGUUGCGAAACAAAGCACGCAUGGACACAAGUGUUUUCAUCGAGGUUGGGCCUCAUUCGGCUUUGGCAAGCCCGGCUCUCGAAGGCUUUACCUUGUAUCCUGGUGCAGGUUACUUGACCAUGGCUAUCGAGGCUAUGAAACAGAUUGUGCAACUGAGGGACACUGGGCGGUCGAUUUCCAGAUUCAUCCUUCGUGAAGUGACUAUCUCAAAGUCGAUUGUCCUCAACGAUUCAGAUAGUGACGGCCAGUCUGGCGAAGUUGAAGUGCAGCUGAGCAUGUCCAACUCACGUCAGUAUGAAGGGAGUCGAUGGGAGACAUUCAGAAUCUGGUCAUAUGACAAUUCCAGCGAAUCAUGGAUUGAGCACUGUUCCGGUGAAAUCACUGUUGAAUACGAAAGUACUGAGAAUGACGAAGUAAAUGGCACACGAGAGGCGGAUUUGCGCCGAGACGAAUCCAUGCAACUCCUCAACGAUGCUCGGCAGAGUUGCGAUCUGGACAUGACAAAGACCGAGUUCUAUGAAUUCGCCAAGUUGACUGGCAACCAAUGGGAUGGAGCAUUCAGUCCGAUCGAUUCUCUCAAGUACGGCAACCAACAAGGUCUUCUCGACAUCAUCAUUCCAGACGUGGCUUCAUUAAUGCCUUAUCGCUCUUUCAAACCUCAUGUCAUCCACCCAAUCACCCUCGACGCUGUUCACCAACUCAGUGGGAUACUGUUCAAGAAGUUUGUGUCCAAUGCUCCGUGUGUGCCCACCAAGAUUACGCUGUUGGAGAUUGAUGCCAAGAUCUCUGCACGAGCAGGCGAUAGUCUUACUGCCGCUAUGCACAUAGAACCGGAUGGUCUCAAGGCGUCUACAGGCCAGUCUUGGGUAUUCCAACAAGAUGCUGAUGGGCAGCUCAGACCAGUCAUCAAGCUUUUGGUCAACCUCAGAGCUAUUGGCGAGGCGCAUGAAGAUGAGAACCGACCCUUUGUUCAGGACAAGGUGAAUCGUUUGGACUGGAACUUGGAUGCGGAUUUCUUAGAGGAAACAUCAUUCUCUAACUUUCUAUCUACUACACUCGGCCUGGAUGAGAACAUGACAUACAACUACGAAGGUAGCAAAGUGCCGGUUGUCGAAGCUGAGGAAAGCUUCCGCACAGCUGAUCAAGCAGCGUCCAUCUGGAUCCGGGAUGCACUGAGCUAUGUCGAAGCGAACAAGAUCGAGAUUACAAGUCCUCAUCUAGUCAAGUACUUCAAAUGGAUGAACAAGUGGGUCAACUCUGACUAUUACAACGACAUCAUGUCAGGUUUGCGCUUCGAGGACGAAGUUAGUAUUCUGGAACGCAUUGAUUCACUUACCAAUGCACCAGAGUUGCAGCUGCUUGCACGAGUCGGUAGAGCUCUUCCCGGAAUCCUGAGCGGAACCCUUGAGCCGUUGAGUGUCAUGUUGGAGGAGAACCUCCUGAUACGUGCUUACGAGGGUGGAACUUUCAGUGGCGACUACGAGGCUGCAGUUGUAUAUCUUCAACUUCUGACAUUCAAGAGCCCACAUCUCCGCUUCUUGGAAAUUGGUGCUGGAACCGGAGGCUGCACAAAGAGACUCCUGGGUGGAAUCGCAGACAAGAACAAUGGCAGCCUACCAAUUGAGCAGUACACCUACACAGAUAUCUCGAGCGGUUUUUUUGAGGAGGCUCGCAACACAUUUACUCACUGGGAGCCUUAUAUGGACUUCAAGACGCUGGAUGUGGAAGGUGAUCCCCUCAAGCAAGGCUUUCAACCCGAGACGUAUGAUGUUAUUGUGGCAUCAAACGUUUUGCACGCGACGAAACAGAUGGAUGUGACAAUGGAACACGUUCGCCAGCUUCUGCGUCCUGGUGGAAGCCUCAUCCUUGUUGAGAAUUCGCCUAAGGGCGCUGUCAUCGGUCUCAUCUUUGGCACGCUGUCUGGAUGGUGGGCGCACGAGGAUGAGUUCCGAGAGGACACCGCUCUUAUGUACAGAGAGCAAUGGAACACCAUUCUGUCAAGGAAUGGCUUUGGUGGAAUUCAUGUUGCGCGCAACAGUAUGAUGGUCUCCAAAGCUGUACCCUUGUUGACCAAUGGACAUGCUGUGCGAAAUGAACAGAUUGUGCUCAUCAACGAUACUUCGAAUGAUGGGAUUCUGGCGAUCUCUAAGAACAUCACUUUGGCCAAUGUUCAGAUCAACGAGAGCAAAUGGGACCAACUUGAUGUCAGUCAGGAUGCUGUCUACCUGGUCGUUGACCGCGCUGAGACUCCUCUGCUUCUCGACCCGCAACCUCAAUUGUUCAAGACACUCAACGCGCUCCUUGCUGCGAAGGCCAAGAUCCUCUGGGUUGUGAUUCAAGAUAAAUCUGAUCCCGUUUCCACGGCGUACAAGGGCGUGGUAACUGCUGUUGCAAGAGUCCUCCGCCGCGAGAGUGGCAACACUGGGUUUGUCACUCUCGACAUUCGCGAUCCUGCCCUCGACCCCGAAGUGACGAGACAAGUAGUAGCCGAGACGUUGCAAAAGUGCUUCUGGCCAAAGCCUCAGGAUCAAAAGUCUCUGGAGCCUGAACUCGCGUACGAGAAGGGCACGGUUUCUAUUCCUAGAGUAUUGCCAGACAACACUUUCUUGAAGUGGGCUCGCAGCAGUUGGGAUGCCUCCACUGUAGCCGAGACAGAGACUACCCUUCAUCAAGGCGAACGGGCUCUGAAGCUUGAAGUCGCUACUACCGGUUUAUUGAGUUCGCUCCAGUUCGUGGGCAGUGACUUGCCUGUCGACCUGGGACCUAGCGAGAUCGAAGUUAAGUCUGAUGCCUUUGGCGUUAAUUACAAGGAUCUGUGCGUGGCCCUGGGACAAACGGGUUCAGACACACAAAUGAUUGGCGAGUUUGCUGGAGUCGUGACAGCUGUUGGCCAGGAUAUGAGCGACUUGUAUCAGGUUGGAGACAGGGUCAUGGGAUUUGGUGCUCAGCCGUACAGCAACCUGUCGCGCGUCAACGGAUACCUUGCCUACAAGACGCCCAGCUCGAUAAGUAACACCACUGCAGCAUCGGUCGCGUAUGGAUUUGUUGCGGCAUAUCAAUGCAUCAAGAAACUAGCUCGCCUGGAGCAGGGUCAGUCUGUUCUCAUUCACUCUGCAACAGGAGCUGUUGGCCAAGCGGCGAUCCAACUUGCCCGGUCCAUCGGAGCAGACAUUUUCUGUACUGUUGGAAAUCGCGAGAAGCGGCAGUUUCUGGUAGACACUUACGGCAUUCCAGAGGAGCGCAUCUUUUCCAGUCAGACCGGAUCGUUCAAAUCGAGCAUCAAGCGUCUUACCAACAGUGAGGGUGUAGACGUUGUGCUCAACACGUCGACUGGGGAGAUGCUUAGAGAAAGUCUGGAUUGCGUCAAGAGUUUGGGUGUUUUUAUUGAACUUGGAAAGAGUGAGAUCCACAAAGCGUCUCAACUGAGCAUGGCUGCGUUCCAAAAGUCAAUUACGUUCAACACCUUUGAUCUGAUGACUUUGGCUACACGAAAACCCAAACAUAUCCAUCAAAUGCUUGGUGAGAUCGUUGAGCUCAUUGGGUCGGAGACACUGCGUCCAGUGCAGCCUGUCAACAAUUAUCCCAUUGAGAAAGUCGAAGAUGCUUUCCGCCUCAUCAGUGCAAGAAAGCACAUUGGCAAGGUAGUUCUCACGGCACAGUCAUCAUCAACAGUCAGAUGUCUACCAGCGAAGCCAACACCUCUUCGACUACGGAAAGAUGGAACUUCACUGCCUCCUGUUAGAGGUGUUGUACAGGGAGCCUUGGCACUGAGGGAUCGAACCUUUUCGCAAAUGACCGUCGACGAAUGGAAGUUACCAUUACAGCCCAAGAUCUUUGGAACCAUCAAUCUCGACAAGUACUUUGCCAGCCGCGACUUGGACUUUUUCGUGGCGCUAUCGUCAAUUGUAUCUGUCAUUGGCAAGUCUGGUCAAUCCAACUAUGCAGCCGGAAAUGGCUUCCAAGAUGCUUUUGCACGCGCUCAUUCCAAUCAUCCGCAUACUCAGUAUGUAUCUCUCAACAUCGGCGCUGUCUCUAUCGAUUCCCACGGUGCUUUGGAGGCUUCCGAAAACGAGACUUCAAUCAGCACUAUCAGGGCAAGCCUCAGACAAAACAGUGUCAUGGACAUCUCUUUCGACGAAUUCUUCUCAAACUUCGAAUACAUCGCGACUGAAGCUGCCCGAAAGGAUGGCUUGCACCAAUCAAUCCAAGCAGUGACACGUCAAUCUAUGAUGGAAGCCAACGACGAGUAUUUACUCGACAACCCCAUUUUCAGUCAACUGCCACAUGCAACUGAGAAGAAGGACGGUGGCGCCGCCAAGACUGACAAGGUUGACUUUGCGGAGGCAUUGGCGAGUGUCAAGACUAUGGCUGAGGCGGAACAAUUGAUCCAAGACGCUUCACUCGCCAAGUUUGCAGUCUUCCUCGACCGACCUGUGGAGGAGAUUCGGGUCGGCCAGUCUUUGGCUACCCUCGGUCUGGAUUCUUUGGUCAGCAUCGAGUUGAAGAACUGGAUGGUUCGCACAUUCCAGGUCAAUCUUCAGACAUCGGAGUUGAGCGGCGCUGGCAGCAUCACCGCUCUCACUGCUACUGUCGCUUCACGAUCCAAACUGAUUCCCGAUGAGAUCCGACAAGCACAACCAGAAGAGGCUGUUCCUGUCUUGGAACAAGUAUCUCUUUCGAAACGUGAGAAGGUCCAGAAUAACCACGACUUCUAUUGCUGUCGUACAUGCAAGGAUUUGCCCAGAUAUCCGCUUGUCGAUUUAGAUGAAGCUGUCGAGGACCUUCUCAAUAGCGUUGGCCACUUUGCUCAUACUCGAGAGGAAUACGAAGAGCUCAGUCGCAAGGCUCAUACCCUAGCUGCACCGGGUAGUCUUGGCCGCAGACUCUACAACAAGCUGCGUGUCAAGGCUGAUGAUCCCAAUGUGGAGAGCUGGAUCGCCGACUUACUUCUGAAGGCUUUACAUCUCAAGCGUCGCUAUCCUCUAGCACCUUUUGGAAACUUUAUGGGCACUCAUUUUGACAGCCCGACAUCCCACACUCAGGCAGAACGGGCAGCUAUCCUCACUUCAACUUUGUGCGAGUUCAAGGCCGACCGCGACGCAGGUAGACUGGAGCCUGAUUUCCUUGGUACACGAGCCAAUUGUGGUCACUCGUUAUCAUGGCUGUUCAACGCCGUGAGAGAGCCAAAUGUCGACUGUGACAAGAUGAUGAAGUACCCGGAUAACGAGUACGUCGCGGUUUUGCGCAAAGGGCAUCUUUUCAAGGUCCCGCUCAAACCUGCUGAGACAUGUGCUACAUAUGGCAUGCUCAAGGCAACAUACCAAGCAAUCAUUGAUUUGGACCUGAAAGACAAUUCUUGGGCUGGCAUGUUGACCACUGACAAUCGUGAUUCAUGGGGAUUGAAUCGACAAACGCUUCUCGCUUCGGAUAGUAGGAACGAGGCUUAUUUCGAAACCAUCGAAGCUGCUGUAUUUGUUAUGUGUCUUGACGACAACAGCCCUGUCACGCGAGCAGACCGAGUUCGAUAUGGCUACAUUGGCGACUCCUUCAACCGCUGGCAUGAUAAGUGCACUCAAAUCAUUGUCACGGCGAAUGGGCGCUCCGCCACCAUUUUCGAGCACUCCAUGAUCGAUCUCAUGACGGUCUCACAACUUUCGCAGAGACUGCAAAAUGCCAUCAACACACUUGAUCCUCAGACGGUCGUAGCAAGCAAUGGUAGCAGUUCCGUCGAUCCGACUUGUCUUGAGGAGAUUUCCUUGGUAACGACACAAGACAUUGAUAGCCACAUUGAAACCCUCUGCCGUGAUUACCUCGCCAUCACAUCCACAAAACAAUACGUCCCGCAUUUUAUCAACGGUUUUGGUAAAACACUGCUGCUAGACAGCUCUGCACCCAUCAAGGCGACUGUUGACUUGACAAUCCAGUUGGCCAGCCGAUUGUACUUUGGCUAUCUACCCGCUAGUUGGGAGACAGUAUCAACUGCGCACUUCCACCUCGGCCGUCCAGAGAUUGUGCAGGUAGUUCUCAAGUCAGUCAUGGACUUUUGCGAUGCAGCCCUUGAUGAAUCUGUCCCGCGUGCCGAGGCUCGUGCGAAACUCUUGCAAGCGGCACGCGAAUGCAAUGCGCAAAUUGCCAAGGGAACUGAAGGUCGCAACUACUUCAGGCUCAUGGACGUGAUUGAGGUCAUGUCGCAGGAUCAGAAGGAGGAAGAGAUCCCUGAGUUGUUCUCCGAUCCUGUCUGGAAGAGGGGAUACCCACAACUGAUUAUGCAGACCAUGGUGGAAACAAAGUUAUCGGAGGAUCCGGGUUUUACUAUGCCGCAUCCAGAGUCUGUGUGGAUGAGCUACACCGUGUUUGAUGAUUCGGUUGAGGUGUGUUUUGUUAGUCCUGCGGAGAGUGCGGAUCGAUUUGGGGCGGCUUUGGAUAGAGCAGCCGAGAUUGUGAAGAACAUCAUUUCAGCACGAGAUAUCUAG